UUUUAUAUUAUUUCCUCUCACUUUUCAUUUCAAUAUCUUUAGCAUACUCAUUCCUCUUCCUAACAUUCCAUGGAUUCCUCUAUUACCAAAUCAACCUUCCCAAUUUUCACCACCAAGCCAUUUUCACUUUCCAAAAGAUCUUUGAUCAGACCCUUCAGGGUAUCCGUCAAACCACCACCUCCAGACUUCAAUUACAAGCUAGAGAUAUCCAAAGAAUCCAGAGCUGUCAUAGAAGAAUCUUACCCUGAGUUGCUUGAUUUGGCUGACAAUGGUAGCUUGGUUUUGGUACAGAAGAAGAGGUUUGGCCCUGUUCCUUCUUGGAGGACUGAGUUUGUUGAACCUGAAUAUAUUUGGUUGAUUGGAACUACUCAUGUUUCCAAAGAAUCAGCUAUGGAGGUUGAGCGUGUUGUAAAAGCUGUGAAGCCUGAUAACGUAGUUGUUGAGCUUUGCAGAAGCAGAGCUGGGAUCAUGUAUGCUGAUGAUGCUCAGCUUGACAAACAGUUAAGGACUACUAUGUUUUCUUUAAGUGGAAAUGGAUUUUUUGGAGCUGUCGGUCGCAGCAUAAACCUUGGUGGUCAAACUGCUUUAGCCUUGAGAUUACUUUUGGCCGCGUUUUCAUCAAAGAUCACUUCGGGUAUUAAUCGCCCUUUUGGUGAUGAGUUCCGUGCUGCUCGAAAAGUAUCAGAGGAAAUUGGUGCACAAAUAGUUUUGGGAGAUAGGCCAAUUGAAAUAACACUUCAGAGAGCAUGGAAGGCUUUGAAUUGGACUCAGAAGUUGAGUUUAUUGAGAAUAGUUAUCAGUGGAAUAACAUCUUCAUCAGAGAUUUCUACAAAUAACGUUGAGAAAGCAAGUUCAGAUGAUGGCACACUUCAGCUCUAUGAGCAACUGAGUUUUUCGUAUCCAUCCCUAUUGUCACCGCUUAUUCAUGAACGAGAUACUUAUCUUGCAUGGUCUUUAAAGAGAAGCAAAGCUGUGAAUAACUGUAAAAGGGUGGUAGGUGUAAUUGGAAAAGGCCACAUGAAUGGUGUAAUAUAUUCACUGUUAGCUGAUACCGGAGAUUUGAGGUUUCGAGACCUUACCGGAAAAAACUCAUCUGAUGGAGGCUCUGGUGGCUGGAUUGAUGGCAUAGUCAAGAGUUUAGCGAGGGACACUGUGAUUGGCAUUGUCUUAUGGGCUUUAUAUGAACUGAUAAAUGGUGGAACAUAAGGCCAGACCAUUUAUAUAUAUUUUCAUUUUUUGACAGAAAUUUCAAGAGAUGUUAGCUAUAUAAUGAACAUAAUAACUCAAAAAGCAUGUUAGUGAUUGUCUGAUUUAUUUUGCAAGUGUUGUAUAUAUGGAUGAUGACUUUUGCCAAUAAUAUUCAUUCAAACAUAAUGAUGUGUUGUAUCCUUAGAUUGUAUCAGCAGCAACUUGGCCUCACAGCAAAUGAUUCAAUCUUUUUCCAUCAUGUCAUCCAGAAUUGCUUCCCACUGUGCCAAUUCCUGAGGGAACUAACAUUGUUAUUAUUAUGGUUGAUUAGGAAAUCAAAAUCAGAUUCUUAGGAUUUUGAUUGCACCUGUAAUAAUUAGGAUUACAGGUUUAAAAAAGGCGUCGAGUUCUGUCGAGAAAUCUUCUUUCAUUGCUUCUCACAAUGAUACAUAGGCUGAUUCAUCCUUAUUUUGUCCUAAUCACGGUGGCAGCAACAACAAUCGUGGAGGUCGAAGCAAUAGCUGCAGCCAUCGCCGGCGAGGCAGAGGCUCUAGACGUGGUGGGGGUCACUCUUUGCAUCAGUAGGCCUUCGCCUUUCUACCCACAUUUCCGUGGGCAUAUUCAUCGUUACUACAUGUUAUUUCUUGAUGACUAAACGAU